UGCCGCUCAGCUCAUAUCAGCGCGCAUCCGACUCAUCCUUGACGCGCCGACAUCAACCCACCGCCCGCGUUCACAGCUUGCCUCGCGGCGUCCAAAAAGCACCGCAAGUGGCCAAAACGACGCGUCUGGCCUAAGCACGCACGCAAGAGAGCCCAACACCAUGGCGCACCUCCCACGCGCAUCGAUCUACCCAGGAGGCGGCGCCGCCUCCUCGUCAACCAUGCGGCAAUCCAUGGCGCCUGGUGUCGCUGCUUGCGGCCCAGGCGCGUUGCAAGGCGGCAGCGGCGGUCCGCAAGGCAGCAGCAUCGCUGAGCAAAUGUCGCAGAUCGACCAGGCCAUUACGCUGACGCUGCAGGAGAUCGACGAGAAUUUUGCGCGCAGCCAUCAAAUCAUUACCGGACGCAUCUUGCCCGCCGUCAAGCACUAUGGCGAGUCGAGCUACCGCAUCUCGCAUGCUACAAGGUUUUGGCGCUUCUUCUUCGAGACGGCCGCGCAGGUCCAACUCGAUAUCAAUGACAGCAGCAGUGCAUAUGGCGAGUCUUCUGCUUCGUACGACCGCUCUCGCUUAGAGCAAGACGAUCUGUCGCCCUUGCCGCACGGCAAGGCCCGUGGUCAUAACCAUCAAGGCGAAGGCGGAGAUGAGAGCAAUGCCUCGUUCCCUGGUGACGCGUCGCUUCUCGCGAACGACUCGCUGUAUCAGAGCAUGCGCAAUACGCGCGUCAGCUCCGCGCCACAACAGAAGCAAGGCAGCACCGGAGAAGAGCCGCGAUGGGCCGAUCUCGAGUCUCCGUACGAGCGCGCGCUGCGACUCGAUAUCGGACACGAGAUGCAGACACAGGGCCACGUUGGUCGCGCGGCACGCGACGCGAUAUCGCACAACCAGGGCCAGAGUGCAGGAUAUGGUGCACUCGCGCGCGACGUUGCGGAGCUCCGGGUUGACGAGAAAGAUGGGGACGAUUCAUCCUGGGACAUUGCCACGCCUCCCAAGAUCACAAGUGCAGCGGCAGCAGGUGGCGUUCCAAAUGCCGUCAAAGCCUCCAGCGGUAACCUGCGCAAUGCUGUCCUGCGCAAUGCAAUUAGUGGCACGCCCCCAGUCGCCAUUCGGGGCUCCGCACGCAAUCCCUUCGCACAUUCCGACGCUGUCAACACGCCUGGCAAAGCUCCUACGCUUGGUGACGGUGCCCGUUGGAACGGCAUUGCGGACUUGCGCAAGACGCCUUUGAACACGAACAAGGCGCAGCAACCGGACAGCUCACUGAACUCGUUCGCGCGUGCGCUCCACCAUUCGCCGCCCGUGACAAUGCAGUUCAGUAUCCCGCGCAGCAAGUACCUGCGCACGCCAGCUAAAGAGGCAGCGCGCAUGGUUGUUGACGACCUCCUGCGCACCGCGGGCGGGUCGCGCAUUGCGCCGCCCUCGUCCGCCUCUGUAGCUACCCGCGAAUGCGAUAGCCCACGCACGAGGUUCUUGCAGCGCCAACAGGCUUCCGCAACGCGUGGUGGCACAGGAUCAUCACAUGAAGCGCCGUCUGCAGCUGGCCGACGAACUGCUCCUGGUACCGGUGCCGCCGUCGUGCGCUCAGCCGUCAUCGGCACGCCGCUGAAGACCAAUCGCAGAUCCGCACGCGGAUCCAUGCCGACGCCGCCAACGAUCACGCGGCAAGAACAAGGGCUGCCGCGUAUCGGUGAACGUGUUGGAGAGAGCAGGCAUGCGACCCCUGCGUCAGCUGCAGGAGCAGGAGGCAGCAGCAGCAAAGCUUCGUCUGCAAUGCUCAUGGAUGAGGAUGAAGGUGGCGCGGACCCGCCGCAGCUCGGCAGCUACACUGGUUAUGCUGGGCGUGACGAUGACGAUGACGAUUCAGACUCGGACGACGACGAUUCAGACUCAGACUCAGAUGACGAUGGCUUCGCGCCGCCGAUCGCUGCGCCUGCUUCUCUCAGUGGCAACAGAGGAGGAGCAUCAGCAGCUCCCGGCAACGACCCGCCCUCGAGCGUGUUGUCCAGCAGCUUCUCCGCCUUGGCCGUGCAGCAGAGCCUGAAGGAUGACACGCUCUUCGGCAGCAAGAUGGGUCCCAACCCCUUUGCCAGGGCCGGUAGCGCGUCGUUGUCCGGUGCAGGUCCCACGAGCGGCUCCGGUCCAGGCGGUGCACCAGUGAGUGGGGCUGGUAGCAAGUUCCAGCCGCUCGGCAAUCUCGAGGACAUGGGCACCGUCUAUGAGGGCCGGCCCCUCUUUGAUCAGGACAAGACGAACACUUGGAGCGCAGAGUCGCCAUCGAAAGGCGGGCGAUGAGUGAGCGAUCAAUCGCGCGUGCGUCAGCUUUUAACAUCUAGUUCCACCUUCCUUCCCUUUUAUUAUCACACUCUUCUUAUGCAUGUAUGAAUGCUUUCUUGUGUCGCUUUCCUUCGUGAAUAUCCAAGGGCGAUGCUUUAGCUUGUGACGUGAUCGUGGUAGAAAGCUCUCAUGGCGAUACGGCCGAGCGACAUGGCAGAGAAUGCAUGUUUGUGCGUUUGGUGUGGUGCGUAGAAAGGUACAAUGCGGGACGGAGGUUGAAAUGUAUGAAGAGGCCUAAACAUCUCAUGUGU